AUGGAAUCGGCUGCAACAAUUCAAUGUACUUCCCAACAAACUCGAUUUCAUAUCGAAUCUCCCAAUUACCGCGAGGAUCAAGAAGUCUUAUGUGUUGACUGCCCAUGUCUCCAGCUCGACAUAAAAGGACUGCAAAUUCUCGUUACAUCAGGUGACAAGAAGUCCACCGCGAAGGGGAAGUCCAAAGCGAAAUCUAAAGACGGUAUCGAGAUUUUAUCCAACGCGGAAUUGUCACUGAAAGAAGGUCGGCGAUAUGCUCUCGUCGGUCGAAAUGGGACCGGGAAGUCAACACUUCUGACAAGUAUAGCAGAGAAGCUCAUCCCAGGGAUACCAGAGAAUACAAAAAUUGCUAUCCUUCAGCAAACCAGGCUGACGGAUGGGGCUGAUGGUCUUAGUGUCCUACAGACCGUGAUAGAGAGAGCCACGUCUAGGACGCUUCGAUCGCUGAAACAUGAGCGCCUCCAAAAACGCCUUUUCAUAUUGGACAAAGAUGCUCGACUUCGCAGUGGUAUGCGAGGUAUGCAAGCCAGGAAAGCACUUUCCUUCCGAACUGACAAUUUUCUUAGGCUAGAACAAUCCAGCGAAGACAUAUCAGCCGAAACCCUACAGCAGGAGACUCGGGAGGCAGUGGAUAUGCUCGCGCAUCUUCAAGCACAAAUCGAACCAGCUCUCGUUGCACAAACAGAGACUAGGGCGCGAAGUAUCCUGACCGGAUUAGGGUUUUCAUCCGCAAUGAUGGCGAAGCCUAUCUCCGACUUAUCGGGCGGUUGGCACAUGCGAGCAGCUCUUGCAUCUACACUUCUACAGGACGCCGAUAUAUUGAUUCUCGACGAACCCACAAACUUCCUCGACAUGUUGGGCAUUAUCUGGCUUCAACGGUAUCUCACAUCGCUGGAGGAGAACAGAAAGCCACCUACCAUGAUCAUCGUCUCCCACGAUCGAGACUUCAUCAGUCUCUGCACGGACCUGAUCAUUCUCAAAGAUAAACAACUCACGUACUUCCACGGAGACCUACCGACAUACGAGACAUCGCAAUCCGAACGACGAAAAUACCUUACGACGAUGAAGGAAGCGCAGGACAAGCAGAAAGCCCACAUUGAGAAGACGAUCGCAGCCAACCUCAAAGCAGGCAAGGCAAACGACGAUCAGAACAAGAUCCGACAAGCAAAGUCACGCCAGAAGAAACUGGAUAAUCGCUGGGGCAUGGAAGUCGGUGCCAGGGGCGAUGAGAUCGAGAUACCCCCAGAGGAACGCCCUGUUAUAAUAAAUCUACCCGAACCGCCUGAUUUACGAUUCCCAGGAUCGCUCAUAACCCUCGAAAAAGUCAGCUUUCGUUACUCGGCUACGUCUCCGAUCGUCAUCCGAGAUGUCGACCUCUCGGUCGGCAUGGGAGACCGAAUUGGGAUACUGGGGCUGAACGGCGCGGGCAAGUCAACACUGAUCCAAACAUUGGUGGGCGAAACGACUGCGACACAAGGAACAAGGAACACUCAUCCUCGCCUACGCCUGGGAUAUUACUCCCAGCAUGGCGUCGAGGCCUUGCAAGCCCUUGGUGCACAGGAGGAGACGCUCACAGCGCUGACACUAUUGACGCGGGAGGUUAAUGGGGAAUUGACAGAGGGUGAAGUCCGCGGCCUCUUGAGCCAGCUUGGACUUCCCGGACGUUUAGCCUCCGAUGUACCUAUACGCAAGCUGUCGGGUGGACAGCUGGUUCGCUGUGCACUGGCACGGUUGUUCUGGCGUCGACCCCAUUGUCUUGUUCUGGAUGAGGUUACGACUCACUUGGACUAUGAGACUGUUACGGCGCUGAGACGCGCACUUAAUGAAUGGGAUGGGGCGGUUGUUGCCGUUAGUCACGAUAGAUGGUUUAUGAGGGGGACUGUGGAGGGGGUUGUGGAUGGUGGUCAAUCGGAGGGUGAGGAGGAUGAUAGUGAGGAUGAGUUAGAAGAAAGGAGGAGAGUCAUAUGUAUGGUACGUAGUGGGGAGUUAAGUGUCCUGGGGCGCGGUGUUGAUGAGUUUGAGGAACGGAUGGAAAGGCGUGUGAGGAAGUUGAUUGACUAG